AUGGUACAGGGUCUGGGUCAGGGUCUGGGUCAGGGAGCAUCGAGCGAGGCUCGUGAUGAGGUCAAGAUGAAGGAUGAUGUGGUUAUUGUCAACUUGGACAGCGACAGCGACUCGAAUGAGAGCAGCUGCUCGAGCCAGGUCAUCGUGGCUGCCAAGGCGGCAAAGACUUCUGGGAAGUCGCCUGGCCGCGACAGCAACAGCAGGGGCGAGGGCACGGUCAAGGGCGAGGGAAAGAGCAACAGCGAGACUGUGGUGACAUCAAACAAGAGUGAUGUCAUGUCGGACGCGACUGGCGUCGACCGGGGCGUCACGGGCGUGAUCCCUAGCAAGGGCAGCGCCGAAGCCGAUGUCGUGGCCAUGGACGAGGGCGAGGCGUGUAAGGAGGACACGCUUGUGGCGAGAAAGAUAACGAUCCGGUGCCGCCGCCGUCGGAAGAAGGCCGCGACGGUGGCUGUCAAUGGCGGCGCCGACAACGGGUCGGGCGGCUCGAACGUGGUUGCAAUGGACGAGGGGAGCAACGGGUCCAAGGCCGACGCCAAAGCGCCUGCUGGCCCACGUCUCAACGCCGAUGGGUUGCCCGAGUACUCGUGGCCGGAGAACAAUGUCAUCAAGCUGUCGAUUGGUGACAAGCCGUGGAUGAGCCGCGGCCGCAAGAAGGAGAAGCCGCUCGAGGGCCUGCCCGGGACCAUCGAAGGGACGAUUGUGGAGAACAACGUCAUGUUUGCCACCAAGGAUUGCAACCACCAGCUUCCCGAGUACAUGUUUCAGGCGAUGCGCGGGCGCGAGUGCUUUAUCGGUUUGGAGCACACCCGUCAUGGCUGGAUAUGUGUUGAUACCGAGAAGACGCUGCAACGGAUCGACCUGUGGGAGGCGCGCGACUCUGAGUCGACCGACUCGGGCGACGACAUCCUAACCCGCAACAACCGCCCGCGGGCCAAGUGUUUCCCGAACCGCCACCGGGUCCGCACCCCGCUGCCGCUGCCGGUCGUCGCCAAACCGAGGCGGUCCAAGAAAAAGGCGGUCCGCAAGAAGAAGGCGGCGACCAAGAAGCAGAACAAGACUGUGGCCGCCAAGCGCUCGUCGUAG